AUGUUUCCUGUGAAGAGAAACCAGCGCUCGGGCGUUCGUAUCAAGUGUGCGUACAUUAGUGGGAAUGUAUCACGGGGGAUGGGGCAGAAAGCAACGGGUGGAGGCGGCGUUCAGGGGGAGGCGGCGUUCAGGUGGAGGCGGCGUUCAGGUGGAGGCGGCGUUCAGGUGGAGGCGGCGUUCAGGUGGAGGCGGCGUUCAGGUGGAGGCGUCUUCAGGUGGAGGCGGCGUUCAGGGGGAGGCGGCGUUCAGGGGGAGGCGGCGUUCAGGUGGAGGCGGCGUUCAGGUGGGGGCAGCGUUCAGGUGGAGGCGGCGUUCAGGUGGAGGCGGCGUUCAGGGGGAGGCGGCGUUCAGGUGGAGGCGUCUUCAGGUGGAGGCGUCUUCAGGUGGAGGCGUCUUCAGGUGGAGGCGGCGUUCAGGGGGAGGCGGCGUUCAGGGGAGGCGGCGUUCAGGUGGAGGCGGCGUUCAGGUGGGGGGCGGCGUUCAGGUGGAGGCGGCGUUCAGGUGGAGGCGGCGUUCAGGUGGAGGCGGCGUUCAGGGGGAGGCGGCGUUCAGGGGGAGGCGGCGUUCAGGUGGAGGCGGCGUUCAGGUGGGGGCGGCGUUCAGGUGGAGGCGGCGUUCAGGUGGAGGCGGCGUUCAGGUGGAGGCGGCGUUCAGGUGGAGGCGUCUUCAGGUGGAGGCGUCUUCAGGUGGAGGCGUCUUCAGGUGGAGGCGGCGUUCAGGUGGAGGCGGCGUUCAGGUGGAGGCGGCGUUCAGGUGGAGGCGUCUUCAGGUGGAGGCGUCUUCAGGUGGAGGCGUCUUCAGGUGGAGGCGGCGUUCAGGGGGAGGCGGCGUUCAGGGGGAGGCGGCGUUCAGGUGGAGGCGGCGUUCAGGUGGGGGCGGCGUUCAGGGGGAGGCGGCGUUCAGGUGGAGGCGGCGUUCAGGGGGAGGCGGCGUUCAGGGGGAGGCGGCGUUCAGGUGGAGGCGGCGUUCAGGUGGGGGCGGCGUUCAGGUGGAGGCGGCGUUCAGGUGGAGGCGGCGUUCAGGUGGAGGCGGCGUUCAGGUGGAGGCGGCGUUCAGGUGGAGGCGGCGUUCAGGUGGAGGCGGCGUUCAGGUGGAGGCGUCUUCAGGUGGAGGCGGCGUUCAGGGGGAGGCGGCGUUCAGGGGGAGGCGGCGUUCAGGUGGAGGCGGCGUUCAGGUGGGGGCGGCGUUCAGGUGGAGGCGGCGUUCAGGUGGAGGCGGCGUUCAGGUGGAGGCGGCGUUCAGGUGGAGGCGGCGUUCAGGUGGAGGCGGCGUUCAGGGGGAGGCGGCGUUCAGGGGGAGGCGGCGUUCAGGUGGAGGCGGCGUUCAGGGGGAGGCGGCGUUCAGGGGGAGGCGGCGUUCAGGGGGAGGCGGCGUUCAGGGGGAGGCGGCGUUCAGGGGGAGGCGGCGAUCAGGGGGAGGCGGCGUUCAGGGGGAGGCGGCGUUCAGGGGGAGGCGGCGUUCAGGGGGAGGCGGCGUUCAGUUGGAGGCGUCUUCAGGUGGAGGCGUCUUCAGGUGGAGGCGGCGUUCAGGGGGAGGCGGCGUUCAGGUGGAGGCGGCGUUCAGGUGGAGGCGGCGUUCAGGUGGAGGCGGCGUUCAGGUGGGGGCGGCGUUCAGGUGGAGGCGGCGUUCAGGUGGAGGCGGCGUUCAGGUGGAGGCGGCGUUCAGGUGGAGGCGGCGUUCAGGGGGAGGCGGCGUUCAGGUGGAGGCGGCGUUCAGGGGGAGGCGGCGUUCAGGGGGAGGCGGCGUUCAGGGGGAGGCGGCGUUCAGGUGGAGGCGGCGUUUAGGGGGAGGCGGCGUUCAGGGGGAGGCGGCGUUCAGGGGGAGGCGGCGUUCAGGGGGAGGCGGCGUUCAGGGGGAGGCGGCGUUCAGGUGGAGGCGGCGUUCAGGUGGGGGCGGCGUUCAGGUGGAGGCGGCGUUCAGGUGGAGGCGGCGUUCAGGUGGAGGCGGCGUUCAGGUGGAGGCGCCGUUCAGGGGGAGGCGGCGUUCAGGUGGAGGCGGCGUUCAGGGGGAGGCGGCGUUCAGGGGGAGGCGGCGUUCAGGGGGAGGCGGCGUUCAGGGGGAGGCGGCGUUCAGGUGGAGGCGGCGUUCAGGGGGAGGCGGCGUUCAGGGGGAGGCGGCGUUCAGGUGGAGGCGGCGUUCAGGUGGGGGCGGCGUUCAGGUGGAGGCGGCGUUCAGGUGGAGGCGGCGUUCAGGUGGAGGCGGCGUUCAGGUAGAGGCGGCGUUCAGGUGGAGGCGGCGUUCAGGUGGAGGCGGCGUUCAGGUGGAGGCGGCAUUCAGGUGGAGGCGGCGUUCAGGGGGAGGCGGCGUUCAGGGGGAGGCGGCGUUCAGGGGGAGGCGGCGUUCAGGUGGAGGCGGCGUUCAGGGGGAGGCGGCGUUCAGGGGGAGGCGGCGUUCAGGGGGAGGCGGCGUUCAGGUGGAGGCGUCUUCAGGUGGAGGCGGCGUUCAGGGGGAGGCGGCGUUCAGGUGGAGGCGGCGUUCAGGUGGAGGCGGCGUUCAGGUGGAGGCGGCGUUCAGGUGGAGGCGGCGUUCAGGUGGAGGCGGCGUUCAGGGGGAGGCGGCGUUCAGGUGGAGGCGGCGUUAAGGUGGAGGCGGCGUUCAGGUGGAGGCGGCGUUCAGGUGGAGGCGGCGUUCAGGGGGAGGCGGCGUUCAGGUGGAGGCGGCGUUCAGGGGGAGGCGGCGUUCAGGGGGAGGCGGCGUUCAGGGGGAGGCGGCGUUCAGGUGGAGGCGGCGUUCAGGUGGAGGCGGCGUUCAGAUGGAGGCGGCGUUCAGGUGGAGGCGUCUUCAGGUGGAGGCGUCUUCAGGUGGAGGCGUCUUCAGGUGGAGGCGUCUUCAGGUGGAGGCGUCUUCAGGUGGAGGCGUCUUCAGGUGGAGGCGUCUUCAGGUGGAGGCGUCUUCAGGUGGAGGCGUCUUCAGGUGGAGGCUGGAGGGGGUUUGGAUAUAUUUUUUUUUGGAGUUGGAAUAACAAGCCAAAAUCAAGUUUAUCUGCCACUGAUCCUCCUGCUCCUCACUGAUCCUCCUGCCCCUCCUGGUCCUCACUGCUCCUCCUGCUCCUCACUGAUCCUCCUGCCCCUCCUGGUUCUCACUGCUCCUCCUGGUCCUCACUGCUCCUCCUGGUCCUCACUGCUCCUCCUGCUCCUCACUGAUCCUCCUGCCCCUCCUGGUCCUCACUGCUCCUCCUGGUCCUCACUGACCCUCCUGCAGAGUCCACAGGAGGCUGCUCUAUCACUGACGACACAGCCAUAA